CGUAUUUCAGUUACUAGUAGUCAUAAUUUCAAAAUGGCUGUCAAGAUCUGCUUGUUGCUCCUUGGACUAAUGUGCUUGGCGGCCGGCAAACCAUUGUGCCCGAGUGCAAUGUAUGAAACCAUGCAGCCCAUGACUGUCUGUGAAACUAUGCCAACGCCGUCCAUGUAUUAUGGUUAUGGUGGACUAGGCAAUAUGGAAAUGGUGCCUACUUUCGGAUACACUGGCUACGGAGGGUACCCUGGCAUCGGUGGAUAUGGUCGAGGCUACGGGAACGCUGGCCUCGGCAUCGGUGGAGGCCUAGGUUUAGGUCUCGGUGGUGGCCUGGGCAUCGGGGCCGGCCUCAACCCCGGACUCGGCGCCGGCCUCGGCGGCCUCGGCGGCGCUUUAGGGGUGUUUUAACCCUUAGAAGAAAAAUUAGCAGUGAAAUUUGAAUCAAUGGAGUUAGAAAAUUAUUUAGUUACAACUCUGAUGUUAUAAAAAUUUCAUUGAAGCUAAUUAUAGUAUUAAUAUUAGGACAAUUUAUUUAAACCUUUUCGACAAAUGGGUAUUUAGGUGGAUCGAUUCUUUUUUGUCGUUUUUCUGUCUUAUCAACCGGAAGGCAAAAGUCACACAAUAUUUUUUUGUAAAUUCACCAAAAGUUGUAGAGAUCUAUUACAAAAAAAUUGAAAGGUAUGGAAUUAAUAAUGUCGAAAGUUUUAGCGACUUCUAGGAUUUCUACUCUCUACGACGAUAAAUGAAUUAAAAUCUAUUCAGUGUAAAUAUAGGUUUGGUAAAAUGUAUGCUAUUUCGUGAUUCAAAUGUGAAGAUAGGCGUCGUAACCUUCCCAACGAGUGACAAAAAAGUUGAUCUACCCUCGCACAUAAAAUGCAUAUAUGUAGAAAGACAAAUUUAAUAAAUGUGUCCAUGAAA